GCUGCCAUCUGUUACGUCUCGCAGUGUAUAUCAACAUAGCUACGACUUCAAGUGAGGUCCGGUUCUCGCCAUGGCGGAUCAAGGCCAACCCAUCGAUAUCGACGAGUCGCAAGACAUUGUAGAGGAGAGGCUCGUCGAUCUGUUUCCAGCCAGUGGAGAAGCUGUCGAUCUCGAUGUCAAUCAGCUCCUGUCGUCUACCGAGAACAUCGGCUUGAGGGUCUUGACCAGCUUGAAAGCUCAGCCAAAGAGUUGGAUGCUGAUUGCGGGCGAAUACGCUCGAGCUGGUAGGAUCGAUACAGCCGACGAGCUACUCGCUUUUGCCAUCAAUGAGAACUUUGCGGACAGGGUGUCAAACCCAUCCGGCAUCAUCGAUGCACUGGCCAUGCAAGGAUACCUGGCCCUUGUCCGAGCUCGCGAUGCACCGAAGACGGUCUUGGGAGAAGCCAAAUACGACCGACUGGACUUCCACAUCAAGGCAGCUGCGAGCUACUAUCAAGUUGCAGCGGAUUGUUUCAGACGAGCAGACGUAGCUCUCGAACAGCUGCCCAGGAUUCAGCCGUCAGAGUCUGGCAAGGCGAGGCUUGGCUUGUGGAUGGGAAAGGCUCUGUUGGCUCUCGCCAGGAGAGACUUCGCUCAAGCCGACCAUCUCGUAUCCCUUUGCCUGAAGAGCCAACCCAACAACCUUCUCGUCCUCAUGCUUUCAGGCCGACUCUACCUGCAGACGCGGCGAGCGGAGCAGGCAUUGAAGGCAUAUCAACAGGUCCUCCAGCUUUCACCCAAAUUCGGCGUACCAUCAAGGAGCGGGUCUCAGGGAGGUCUACACGGAGCCAUGAAGAUGGCAUUGGACGAAGGCGUUGGUAUGGAUCCGCGGGUGGGGCUGGGAUUGAGCUUCUGGCUGCUUGGCGAUACCAAGAAGGGUACUCUAGCUUGGAAGAGGGCCAUUGCGUUGAACCCCAAGAAUCGAGGAGCGAGAUUCCUUCUCGGUCUGAUCGACCACAAUGAAGCCAAAAACCCUGCUUCUCCCGCAGAAGAGCGCAGAAACAAGCAGAUCACCGCGACCAAGGUUUUCGGACAGUUGUUCUCUGAGAGCAAGGGCAAAGUUGUUCCUGCUGCAUUAGGCAUCGUCAGGAAUGCUGAGAUUCAGGGACAGAUCAGCAAAGCCAUCAAGCUGACUGAACGUGCCAUACAAUAUGCCGAUACUGCUGCUCACACCCGACGAGCCCUAUCUGAGCGGUGUCGACUUGCGCUCGUCGAGGGUGAGGAUGGCGAUGUCGAGACGUACUCUGGAAAGCUCCGGGCGGAUCCUAUUCCCGACGCGGUGGCAGAGAUCGUACGAGCUCAGGUCUUCAUCAAGUCUGGCACGGCUUUCUACCGAGAAGCCUUAAACGUCGUCGAUAUCGCUGUCAGCAAGCUCGACAAGAACGCCCCUCACGAGCUUCGCGUUUUGCAUGCCCUGCUUCUGGCUUUCCCCCAUCCGGGAAUGUCGGCUGCUGAGCUGAUGGCCAACAGCAAACGAGCUCGUGACAUUCUCAGCCGGAUUCAUGAUACGUACAAGCUCGCCAAAGGCCGUUUAGCGAAGGGGGAGACGCGUGUACAUGCGCUGAGGGACUUGAUCGACGACCCUCUGAUCUUCGUUCAAUUGGCUAAGAUGUGGCAGCACGAAAACGUCGAGAAGGCGAUCGAAGCGUAUCAAACGGCAAUCGAGAUCCACGGCAGAGUCAAGGGCAACAAGGGCGAGUCGGUGAUCGACCUAGAAGCUCAUACUCGAGACCUCUCGGGUCUGCAGAUGUCGAACAACCUGGGGGCGCUAUACCUUGGCCAGAAGAACGUCGACGAAGCCAUGCAAAUGUUCGAGCAGAUGUUGGAAGAUCUCGGAGAAGUUACGAAUGAAGAGGAAAAGACGUUGCAGACGGUGCUGCUAUACAACCUGGGUCGUGCCUAUGAAGAGGCAAAAGAGAACGUCAAGGCAGACGAGGUCUUCACUGGGCUAUUAGCGAGACAUCCAGAACACCUGCCAGCCAAACUGCGAAAAGCCACCUUGACCCACAUUGCCGGCAACUACAAAGAACAGGAGAAUCUCUUAAAGGAAGCCAACGCAUCUUACAACAAGGAUCCGUUACUCCGAGCGCAAAUCACACAUCAUCUCAUCUCGCAAGAGAAAUGGAAAGACGCUUCCGACUUUGCAUCUCAGACGAGGCGGGCGAAUCAGGACGAUGUGCAUGCCCUGUGCGCUUUGGGCGCGUAUCACUACCACUGCGCUCGAGAAUCAAAAGCUACCGAAACAGAGCGAGCUCGAGACUUUGUGCGAUCGGCCGAAGCGUAUAAUCGAGCUCUAGAGGUGGACCCGAAAUGCGCUGUUGCAGCCCAGGGGCUUGCCAUUGCGAUCGCCGAGGAGCAUCUUCCUUCUCGUAGGGGUGCUGCAAACGGGUCCACGGAUUCGCAAGGCUCUAUCAUGAAGACAAAGAGCCUAGACAUGGCUCUAGGGAUUUUCAACAGGAUCCGCGACUGUCUGCCAGAUCGCAGCGUCCUGAUUAACAUCGGACACUGCCAGUUCUUCAAGGGAGAAGAGGAGCAGGCCAUUGAAGCUUACUCUGCCGCUUCGGACUUGGUUAAGGGACAAGACACCUCAGUAUUGCUUUUCCUUGCGCGAGCAUAUUAUCAACUCGGUAGCCGAGAAUCGAGCUUCCCAGCGAUGAGCAAGGCUCUGAGCCAUUGCAUGAAGGCGGCUCAUCUCAAGCCCCACGACAUGGCUAUCCUGCAUAAUAUCGCCAUGAUCCAGCAAAAGACGGCUGAAGUUAUUCUCGCCCUUGAUCCAUCCAAGCGGUCACUUCAGGAAGUUGAGCAGGUUAUCGAGCAGGCCAAAAGCUCGACAAUCAUCUUCCGUAACUUGUCGGAAACCCGUGAGAGGCCCUUGCCUUACGACGUCGAUCUAGUCGACCAGCGAUCCAAAUACGGAGAAGGACUCUUGAGGCGAGCUGACGACCAGAGGCAGAAGCAGAUGACUUGGGAGAAUGAGCAGACGGAGCGACAUUUGGAAGCUGUUCGACGUCGACAGGAAGAAAGACGCAAGCUGGAGCAGAUCGAGCAAUCCCGCCGGGCAGAAGAGCAAGCUCGCCGUGACGAGGAGGCUAGGAUCCGGGAGCAGCAACGUCAAGAAGCCCAGGCCUGGAGGGAGCAGAUGCGAGCCGCCCAGGAAGACGAGGACAGGGUCCGGGCAGAAAGGGCCGAGCAGAAGGAAGGGAGAAAGUCAAAGAAAUCGAAGAAGGACAAGACCGAAGACGGCUUCAUUAGCGAGGGCCUCGGAGAGGAGGCCGAAUCAAAGCCAAAGAAGCGCGGUCGGAAGAAGGCUGCAGACCCUGACGAAGAGCCUGAUGCUGCAGGGAGUGGCGCCGAGUCGCGGUCUCAGUCUAGGUCUCGCUCGAGGUCAAAACAGCCUCCCAAGCCAAAGAAAAAGCGGCCUGCCGCUGUUGAUCCCGAUGGCGACGAUCCGAUGGUACCUGACAAGCCGGCCAAAAGAGGCAAAUUCAAAUCGAAGGAGUUUAUUGAAAGCGAUUCGGAGUGAUCGGACCUAUAAAUCGUCCGCUGUGGCAGCCUCUUCCCACUUUGUACACUUUGCACAUAGACGCAUGCACACAGCCACACCGAUGGGUUGAUUAUGCAUCAAGUUCGAUCUGACAUGCCUAUUGACCA